ACCCCAAAGGGCCAAGAUGGCUGCGCCCGGGCGAGACGCCGGGGAGUUUGAAAGCUGGUUAAAUGACCGUCUGGACUCGUUAGACGUGGACCGGGAGGUGUACGGCGCCUACAUUCUAGGCGUCCUACAAGAAGAGGACAGUGUCGAAGAGAUAGAGGACGCGCUUCAAGGGAUUUUAUCCGCAUUUCUGGAUGAGGACACGGUGAUAGAUGUCUGCAAACAGAUCAUCCAGCAGUGGACGGAGUGUUGCUCUGGAGUGGCAGCCAGAGGAGAUGAUGCGGAUGUCCAGGCCAUCGCCAGCCUGAUCGAAAAACAGGCACAGAUCGUGGUGAAACAGAAGGAUGUGUCUGAGGAUUCUCUGAAAAGGAAAGAAGCCCUCCUUGCUCAAUACGCUAACGUCACUGAUGACGAGGAUGAAGCUGAAGAAGAGGAGCCAGCAAGUGGAUAUAACCCUCCAUCAAACGAAAAAUCCCUGUUUAAGAACACCAACGUGGAGGAGGUGCUGCACAGACAAAAGCAAAAGCGGGACCAGGCUCGUGAGGACUCUCAGAAGAAAAAGGAAACGGACAAGAUGCAGCGGGAGAAGGACAAACUGGCCAAACAAGAUAGAAAGGAGAAGGAGAAGAAGCGCACACAGAAAGGAGAACGCAAAAGAUAAUGAGGUGGAAAAAAAGCAUGUUAUUUGCCUCAUUUACGCUCGACCUCACUGGCACCUUCAGAAUAUGAACAUGACGUCAUGAGACCGUUAAAUACUUUCUUACUGUGUGAAGAACAAUGUUCAGGAUGUUGUGCAUGUCCUUAAUCCUUUUCUUUCCUGGAUGCACAUGCAGAAGGAUGUGGUAAUCAUUCUUAUGUAGCUGAGGGGAAGUGUAAAACAUGUCGGGUCAAAUAUUUGAACAGUUACCCCUGAAAUGAUCCAAGAGCUAACCUUUGUUUGUUUCCUGUGAAAAACAACAAGACCAGUUACUAAAUUAUGCUUCACGUACUUCAUGUUCCAUAAUCUGAAUGUUUAUAAUGAGGUUCAAGAUUUUUCAAGUAAUAAAAAACAAUAAAAAACA